AUGUUAGAAGGUGCAAAAUCAAUAGGUGCUGGAGCUGCUACAAUUGCUUUAGCGGGAGCUGCUGUCGGUAUUGGAAACGUCCUCAGUUGGACGGAGGUCCCACGGUAG